AUGACGGAUUCUGUUGUCGUGGAGGGAUACGCCAGACUCCGAGAGGGUAAAAAGUGGAAAACGAGGUGGGUCGUAUUUCGGAAGCCGUCGCCUGUAGCAGAUUGCCUGGUGUUGCUGGGCUUCAAGGACAAAUCAGACAAAGUCCAGGGCAACAAGGAGAGAUCAAGCGUCACGUUGGAGGAGAUCUGCGGCCUGGAGCCUGGACAGUGGUACGAAGGCGUAGCUUUCACUCUGGUCAUCCUCUGCCUGAACCAGGCGGCGCUGCUGGGCUUCGACAGCAGGGAGGCGCUGCAGGCCUGGGACGUCCGUCUGCGGUACAGCCUCGGAGAAGUUCACAGGUUCAGUGUUGGAGUUUUACCGGGGACCAAGUUGGAGAGCGGACCUGCGACCCUUCAUCUGUGCAACAACCUCCUGGCUCUCGUUCGGGACUUUCCUCCUCUUAUAAUCGGCCACUGGAACCUGCCAGACCUGCGCAGAUACGGACCAGUGCCAAAUGGAUUUGUGUUCGAAGGUGGAACAAGAUGUGGUUACUUGGAGAGAUCGGAGCAGGCACGAAGCUGUUGGGCCAGUGAGUUCCAGAGGAUGGGGGCAGUGAUGGAGAAGGCUCUGUCUCCCCAGGUUCGGAGCUUGGUCCUACAGGGGAGCGACAAAAGACACUUUCAAAGAUCUGAACUGUCCUUCAUUGCAGAGCUCAGUUUCAGCCAGACGGACUCGGAGGAGAAGCUGAACCUCGAGGCCCAGGAGCUGGAGAAGCGACUGAGCAUGCUCUCCCAUGGAAGCAGCACAGCCUCAUCCUCGUAUUACCCGUCUGCUGGGGGAGACAACCACAGCGUCUCGGGCUCUUCUGACACUUCCGACACCAGCCAGUCGGACUGCAGCGUCGGCAGCCAGCUCACUAUUUGGACCGAAUCCGCCUCCAACCCUCCCGGAAGCGUCAACCACGUGGGCGCCAAAGCGGCGCUGCAGCUCGCCGACAAGCUCCCCGCCAGCCAGGGAGGCGGGAGCAGACUUUCAGCCAAGCCGCCCCGGCAGCUGCAGGAAAUCGGCCGCCAGAGUUCCUCGGACAGCGGCAUCGCGAGCGGCGGCCACUCCUCGUACACCGGCAGCUUCUCCUCGUACAUGGGCAGCCUGGAUACCACGGCCCCCGGAGAGGACUUUGGCUCUGUUUUCAGCCUGCCCCCUCACUUGGCUCAGGAGCUGAGCCCGUGCACAUGCCCCCCCGCCGUUCCUGGAAAUGAGUACCACAUGCCAACAUCCCUGCGACCUCCUGGCAGGGGGUCCAAACAGAGCUCUGACCUCUGA